AUGGCGGCGCCGGAGGCGGCGGCGGGUAUAUGGCGCGAGGAGGAGAAGGACUUUAUUGUGAGCUACGAUGAGAGCCAGAAAAAGUGGUCUGUGCAAUUGAAAUGGUGUGGGGAUGAGCCAGGACAGUUGUUCAACAAAGCGGAGGAGUACUCAAUACCAUCAGAGGCCAGGCAGGAGUAUGAGCGACAGCUCACAAAGUGGGUGACAAACGGAUGGCUUGUUCCCUAUGACGAGCGUGUCCACGGACAGGCAAAGGGCACAAUACCGCUGAUGGCGGUGAUUCAGCCGAACAAAGACAAAGUGCGCCCGGUCAUGGACUUCAGAGAGCUGAAUGAGUAUUUGGACUCGCAUACGGCUGCCGCAGACGUGUGUAGCGAGAAAAUUCGCGAGUGGCGCCGGUUCGGACGGAACGUGUCGCUUCUGGAUCUCAAAGACGCCUACCUGCAGGUGCAUGUGAGCGAGUCUCUGUGGCCCUACCAGACUGUUGUGUUUCAGGGCAAAAGGUGGUGUCUGACGAGACUAGGGUUUGGAAUCGGCUGUGCGCCGCUGGUGAUGAAAAAAGUGCUCAGCAUGGCUCUCGGGCUGGACCAGAGAAUAGACAGCGCGACAUCCUCCUACGUCGAUGACAUAUUUGUGAAUGAGGAGGUCGCCACCGCAGCUGAAGUGAAGGCCCAUCUCGAGAACCAUGGCUUGGACUGCAAAGCGCCAGAAAGUGUGAUCGAUGGUGCCCGUGUGCUUGGCCUAAGGGUCUGGGGGGAGCGAGACGGGCUGUUCUGGAGGCGUGACAGAACCGACAUCAGCCCGCCCCCUAAACUGACGAGACGGGCAGUCUUCUCUCUGUGCGGACGACUCACCAGUCUUGUUCCUGUGGCCGGCUGGCUCCGCGUGGCCGCGUCAUAUCUGAAGAGGCGUGUCACCGCUGUGUCCAGUGGAUGGGAUGACGAGGUCACUGACCCGGAGCUCUGUGCAAUGGUCAUUGAGAUGGUGGAGCGUGUGAACACAUCUGACCCCGCGCGGGGCCGGUGGGAUGUCUCUGGAGACGGCGGAGGUGUGGUGUGGGUCGAUGCCAGCUCCCUCGCCAUCGGGGCCGUGCUGGAGAUCAACGACUGCGUCGUUGAAGACGCCUGCUGGCUGCGGAAGAGCUCGGACACCCACAUCAAUCUCGCAGAGCUAGAUGCUGUGAUUCGAGGGCUCAAUCUGGCACUGUCCUGGAAUUUGAAGAAUGUGACGAUCAUGACCGACUCGCGAACCGUCUAUCACUGGCUGUCCGACGUCCUGUCUGGCAGAGCCCGUGUAAAAACCAAGGCAGCGAGCGAGAUGCUAAUUCGGAGACGUCUUGAGACAGUGAAGAAGCUGGGUGAAGAAUAUGCCAUGCAACUCUGCGUGAAAUUCGUCCCAUCGGCUGAGAACCGGGCCGACGCGCUCACGAGAGUGCCAAAAAAGUGGCUGACCCCGCAGGGCGCGUCGAUGGUGUGCGGUGCCGUCGUCACAGAGCCCGACAUCGCACGGAUUCACCACACCAGCGGCCAUCCUGGCAUCACACGAACCCUGAGACUAUGCAGGAGGCAGAGCUCUGACGUCACCAGAGCUCAGGUGCGUGCCGUGAUCCGCCAGUGUCAGGCGUGCCAAUCGGUCGACCCUGCGCCGCAGCGCUGGGUGCGCGGCACGCUAGGGGUGAACGAGUGCUGGGAAAGAGUGAGCAUGGACGUCUGCCACGCCGACAAUCAACUCUACCUGACCCUAGUGGAUUGUGGGCCGUCUCGCUACGCGAUCUGGAGGCGCCUAAAGCGACAGGACGCUGAGAGUGUCAUCGCGCAGCUCGAGUCAAUCUUCCUGGAGCGAGGCGCUCCCACUGAGCUGCUGACGGAUAACUAUCCAUCGUUUCGAAGUGCCGUGUUCAAUGAGUUCGUCAGUCGGUGGGGAGUCUCCGUUCGAUACCGAGCGGCUCAUGUCCCGUCCGGUAACGGCAUCUCGGAGCGCAACCACCGCUCCAUCAAAACGUUAGCGGCCAGAAAGAAGUGUUCAGUGGUGGAGGCGGUGUAUCGCUAUAACGUGAUGCCACGCGCGGAGGAUCAGAGCUCCAGCCCCAUGGAAACGCUGUUUAAUUACCGAGUGAAAGUCCCAGAUGUAGACACGCCAGCUGAUGCCGAUAUCAGCCGCUUUACGGUCGGGGACAAGGUUUGGGUCAGGGACCCGAGCCGCCGCUGUGACGUGGCCAGUUCACUUGGGACGGUGAGCCGUAUUGUGUCUGUACAGUGUGUUGAGGUGGAUGGAGUGCCGCGCCAUGUGCGGGACCUGAGGCUGGCCGUUCUCCCACAGCCGGCCGAGGGCAGGAGUCCGCCGAUCAGUGAGAGUGACGACGAGGGCGCCCCAAUUAUCUUUUAUGAGCAGCGUGUCACUCCCGACGCUGCGGCUCGAGGCGAGUCGGAGGGGGCCUCGCACGAUGGCGAGGAGUCGGCAGCUGCUCGCAGGAGCACGCGGGAGCGGCGUCCCGCUACACUGACGCAGUAUGGUGAUUUAUAA